AUGGGGAGAUGGAAGUAUGCGAUAGUUUUGGACGCUGGAUCGUCCGGAACGAGGGCACAUGUCUAUCGAUGGCCAAAGAAAGGGCGAAAGGGCGCCGGUAGUAAGGACCUAGAAAGGUUGCCACACAUCGAAACCACCAAGGAAUGGACGAAGAAGAUAAAACCUGGUGUUUCGUCCUUCUCCAAAGCCCCAGAGAACGUUGGCCCGGAUCACCUACACAAGCUCCUCCAACAUGUACGCUCCAUAAUCCCUCGUAAUGAGGUUGAGGACACGCCAAUUUUCCUCCUUGCGACAGCUGGUAUGAGGUUGCUCCCCGAGAACGAACAGAAUGAAAUCCUCAAAAAUAUAUGUUCCUACAUCAGCGACAAUUCUGGUUUUCUGUUACCAGACUGCGGCGCCCACAUAAAAGUAAUUGAUGGGAAAACCGAAGGACUUUAUGGCUGGAUCGCGACGAAUUAUCUUCUAGGUGGUUUCGACGAACCAAAGGCCCACGAUCAUGGCAAGGGACACCACACGUAUGGCUUUCUGGACAUGGGCGGUGCUUCUGCACAGCUAGCGUUUGCGCCGAAUUCGACAGAAGCAGAGAAACACGCGAAUGACCUGACGCUGCUGCGUCUAAGGAAGCUUAACGGGCAAUCAACCGAAUAUAACGUUUUCGUUACUUCCUGGCUUGGAUUCGGCGUUCGAGAGGCGAGGACACGUUAUGUGAAGGCUCUCCUGGAGGGAUCGCCUGCUGACGUAGUUAACAGGCAACACCCUGACCCUUGUCUUCCGGAAGGUUUGCGUGCAACUCUAGAAGGAGCCGUUCUCCCACCAGACGGCCCAGUAGCUGGCACAGAUCCGUACCUGGUAGGCAAUGGAAAAUUUGAGCAGUGCCUGCACGAAACGAUCCCCUUGCUCGCUAAAGAUGUUCCUUGCGAGGAUGAACCCUGUUUGCUGAACGGAGUGCACGUCCCUGCAAUUGACUUUGAUGUCAAUCACUUUGUUGGCAUUAGCGAGUACUGGCAUACAACCCAUGAAAUAUUUGAGAUGGGCCAUCAAGACAAGGCAUAUGACUUCAAGACCUAUCAGAUGCGUGUCAAUGAGUUUUGUUCAACGCCCUGGAAUGUUAUCAAGGAUGGCAUUGAACAAAAGAAAUGGGGCAAGGUUGACCAGGAAACUGCCUACGAGGUUUGCUUCAAGGCAGCGUGGAUUAUCAACAUCCUCCAUGACGGUAUUGGCAUACCACGGGCCGGAGGCGGAUCCACUACCAAUAAUACCAACAGUGUCACCGAAGAGCUUGCAGAACACGGCAAGCACGGCCACAAGAAUAGCUAUAUUGACCCAUUCCAGGCAGUAAACAAGAUCAAUGCAACAGAAGUGAGCUGGACCCUCGGAAAGGCUGUCCUCUACGCUUCAUCCCAAGUGCCCCCAGCUAAGGGUAGCUUGCCUGUUGGGUUCGGCAGCAAUGUCCCCGGCAAGAUCCCCGACGAUUUCGAAUAUCCUAGCUCAAACCAACCUCAUAUCCCGUCACAACCUAGUUCUGGUAAGAACGGUACAAGUGAGCAUUGGCAUGACUCCAUAUUUGACGGAGACUCCCCCCGUCGCCUCCCGGGACUAUUUCUUUUUGCUCUUAUUGUUUUAAUAGUCAUUUUCUUCCUUUUCGGUCGAGAACGCCGGUCUCGCAUCUAUCGUAAAAUCAUCCAACGAUUCGGACGUGGUAGUGGUGGUGGAGGAGGCAACUUGAGAAGAAAAGUCCCUUUUUUCAGGGGAAAGAUACCCUUUUUCUCUAGGCGGGGCCCAGCAGUCUCUUACGAACGUGUUCUCGAGGAGGGUGACCAUCGAGAUUUUGAGCUAGGAAGCAUGGAUUCAGACGAAGAUUCCCAGUCUUCUUCCUCACCACCCCCUGGCAUCACCGGCGCCCGUCGAACACCUCACCUCCAGAGCCCCAAAUAUAAUUUUGACAAUUCAUCAUCGCUCAGUCUAGCGAGUAUUAGUAACUGCAUGGACAGACGUGGGCUUGUGAUCAGGACCGAGAGUAGGGAAAGGCUAUACUCACCUGCUCUUGCGCCAACGACUAUCGGUCGAAAGUCCCGGGCAACAAGUCCUACUCGACAUUCUACGCCACUUACGAACUCGUAA